AUGACGGCCAAUGGGAAUGCGUCCAUACAUCGGCCUUUGAAUGCUGACGACUUACAUGUGCUGAAAUUCAUCGCGGCUGACACCGCCGUCGAUUUGGCCCUUUAUGGUAACGCUCUCCAUCGCGGCGAUCUCUAUCCUCGCACGUCGGCACGGACGAUCACGGCGCUUUACGCUGGCGGCAGUACUUGGGCUGCUCUUGUCCUCCACGAUCACGACCACGGUCCGAACCACAUUUUAUCUGAUCCAGUUUCCCUUCUUCGGAAAAUCAGAAGAGGGGAUACAAGCGCUGCUGCGGCGCCUAAACAUCCUGAUGAAUGUGACCGCCACGACCAAUUACGUCUUGAGCGACGGAGUGCUCGUCUGGCGAGCCUGGUGCUUAUGGCCAGACAGCCGCCUUGUAAAGGGAGUCCUGACAUCAUGCCUCUGCGGAAGCAUAGUACCGCCGGGAUAUACGAGGCUCCCUUGGUCCCUUUGCGCAGCGAACGCAAGCGGGACGGUACUUCUGCUGCUCCUCGAAUCAGGGGUCGCGCCAUCGAUUUCGCCCUGACGAUCGUAACCCUCGACGAACCAUUCUCCGACAUUCACGUCUUCGGCAGCAUCGCUUUCCAUAUAGCGGGCAUCUACCCGACAUGUGUCCUGUUCGUUGCUAUACGAAGACCGACAGAGUCCCUGGUUAGCGCCCAGGUCUCGCAAGCAAUGCGCUUCGAAGGACCGGCUGAGAGACCGCGCGAGGCAGGCGCUGUAUCUGACUCCACGCCCGGAAGCUCUGCCGACGUCCUCGAUAUUGGACAUCAGGACUCGCACGCGGAUGGUCUCUCUGGCCCGCGCCUCUUCGACAACGAAGGGGCGUAGAAGGAGUCCGGAAUUGAGGCUGAAUUGACUGUCUGAACGGAGGAAUGAUACAAGGGAAAUUCAAUUUAUUCUAUGGGCUAUCUAGAAACGAUCUCUUAUUGUCGAAUUGUAAGUAGUACUGGCCUUCUUCUCGGCGCUUGUCAUCUACCAUCUGUACACACGAAGUCGCAACCUCGAUCUGCGUGAGCGCUCACCAGUGACCGAUGACAGCCUGUGGGUGGUACGGCUCUUCCAAAUAUUUCACAUCCUCUUCCGACAGCUUGAUGUCCACCGCGC